CACACAAAUUCUUCAGUGUGUAAUAACCCACAUGAUAUCGGGUAUUACCCAUUUAAAUUCGGGUCAAAAAGCCCUCUUUUACUAGCUCUUAGGUUUUCCAGCUUAUUCUCCCUUUCUGCGUCUCUCACCUGGAGUCGGUCGGUCGGUGCCACUGCCUCUCCGUCAGAUAAAUCUGUCUACCGAAGCGGAGAAAUUGCCUAGUGUUUUUUCUUUGCGCUGGGAUUUGAACCUGAGAGCUCAUAGGUCUAAACCCACUUUGUUGACUACCAGGAUACACUUUUGGUCAAUAUCAAAUCAAACCGAUCACUUUCUUGGAAAGUAAAAGCAGCCCUGCUUUGUCGGUGUCAUACCUCUAAACCUUUUUCUUCCUAGUCAGUGCUUAUCCCGUGAAACAAUGGGAACACCAGAGACUUCUCGUGAACCUUGCCCUGACCGUAUACUUGAUGAUGUUGGCGGAGCAUUUGGCAUGGGUGCUGUUGGAGGUUCAGCCUUCCACUUCUUAAAAGGCAUAUACAACUCACCAAAAGGUGAGCGCUUGAUUGGCGGUACACAGGCAGUGCGCAUGAAUGCUCCUCGUAUUGGUGGUAGUUUUGCUGUGUGGGGUGGGCUUUUCUCCUCAUUUGAUUGUACAAUGGUUUAUCUCCGGCAGAAAGAAGAUCCUUGGAACUCUAUUAUUGCUGGUGCAGCAACUGGUGGCUUUCUACAGAUGCGGCAGGGACUGGGUGCUGCUUCUAGAUCAGCACUGUUUGGUGGAGUUUUACUUGCCUUGAUAGAGGGAGCUGGAAUUAUGUUAAAUAAAGUCAUGAGUGCUCCGCAGAACUUCCCACCCAUGGAGGAGCCACUACCUAAUGUCCCUGGAGUGCCUGGAUAUCCAUCUGGGCAGCUGCCUGGUCAACCAAUGGGGCAGCUUCCUGGUCAAGCUCCAGGAAGUAUUGAUGGUAUGAUGGCAGAAUCAUCAGCACCAUCCUCUUCUUCCUGGUUUGGAGGACUUUUUGGUGGUGGAAAGAAGGAGGAGACGGUGAUAGGUGGUGGUAGCAAGACACAGGUUUUAGAGAGCUUUGAUGCUCCUAUACCACCUACCUUCGAGUUUAAAUGAGUUCAAGAGAUGAUUUAAUUUUCAGAGGGAGGCUGUCGGUGGUCAGUACACUGUCUCAGCUGUUGAUCCAAUGCCAAUUUUGGUGCUAGUAAAUGGCUUGUUAUGGAUCUGAUAAUAACAUAGUGCGUUUAUAGUUAAUCUACAGAGGAUUCGACUUAAAAGUAAUAUUGCAUCAUAGGUUGGUUUUAGUGGUAUUUACUUUUUGAUUAUUGUAUGAGUUGACUAGUAAUUGCUCAAACAAAUCGAAAAAUAAUAUGGAACAUUUGUGGUUGUAUAUGCUAACACCUGCUUAGGCAGCAUCUUUUUGCAUUUUUUAAACUACAUGUUAUUAUGCUUCCUUGA